UUUACUUUCAGCAUCUUCUUAGUGAGGAAAUAUUUAUAUAUACAUCUUUAAGGAUGAUUAUUUGUGUGACCCUACUUACUCUCUACUUUAUGAAGUCUCAAUCAGAGUGUUUCCAGGUGGUUGGUCCAGAAGCUCCUCUUGAUGUUGUCACAGGUGAAGAUCUGGUUCUGCCCUGUUUUAUUAAACCCAACACCAGUGCUGUGGACAUGACAGUGGAGUGGUUCAGACAAGAUUUAUCUGUGAACUCAGAAGUGCAUCUCUAUAAGGAUCAUGGAGACAGAAAUGAAAAUCAGGCUCCGUUCUACAGAGGAAGAACAUCACUGUUUAAAGAGGAGCUACAGAAAGGCAAUGCUUCACUUAAACUUUUAGAUGUCCGAAUCUCUGAUGAAGGAGAAUAUAAGUGUCUCAUUGAAGACAAAUCCUGGUCUGAUGAUAUCACUAUCCGUGUGAUUGUUGAGGCUCAGGGAAGCCACCCAGUGAUCACGAUAGAGAGUUAUGAUAACUCAGGAGGGGUUAAUCUAGUGUGUGAGUCCAGAGGCUGGAAACCUGCACCUGAGGUUCUGUGGCUGAAUAAAGAAGGAGACCCUCUGCCUGCUGAAGAGACACAGAUACACAGAGACACUGAGGGCUUCAGUGUGAAACGCCGCAUCACUGUUCAUGAUUAUAGUGACUCCAACAGAUUUUACUGCAGACUUCAACAAAAACAUCACAUGAUGGAGACAGAGAUCAUUAUUAAGAGUAAAGUCUUUGAGGCCUGGAAGUGGGACGUCAGCAUUUCAGUUUCAGCAUGUCUUAUUACUGUUGGAGUGAUAGUAACUGCAAUUAUCUGUUACAAGAAAGGUAAUCUUAAAAUCCCUUUUCUUCACACUCAAACAUUAACUCAGAAGGGCUAUAAAUUAGAUGACAGGAGCAGAUAUGUGCAAAUAUGA